AGUGAAGGGAGAGAGCACUAAGGAGUAGCUAGUUCUGUCUAAGUCAUCCCUCGGACACUAAGUUGGUGAAAAACAUCUGGGGAAAGAACACGAUGGCCACCAUGACGGAAUUGAGUCCCACAGCAGGGAAGACUAAACACUCCCAAGAUACACGAGUGGAUGAGAGUCUCGUUCCCAAGAAAGUUCUAAGCUUCCGCUCCACUCGCUAUGGAAUAGCCUUUAUCGUACAUUUCUGCAAUUUUAUACUGAUGGCACAGUAUGCUGCCAUCAACAUCAGCAUGGUGGCCAUGGUCAACGGCACAAACCAUCAGUCCCAGUUUAAUGGCUCCACCGAGAGUCUGCCUCUUGACGCACUUGGUGGCUCAAAUGAUGCGCCAAACAGUCUUCCAGCAGAGGCCCCUGUGUAUGACUGGAGCCCUCAAACCCAAGGCAUCAUUUUUGGUUCUGUCAACUAUGGCACGAUGCUGACAAUGGCUCCCAGCGGGUACCUGGCUGGAAGAAUAGGAACAAAGCGUGUGGUUGGCGUUUCUUUGGUUGCAUCCUCCCUUCUCAUUUUCUUCACCCCGCUGGCGGCUGACCUGGGGCUAGCCUUCCUCAUUGCAACUCUAACAGUCCAGGGCCUAGCCCAGGGCUCGAUAUUUGGGGGCCAGCACGCGCUUUGGGAGAGAUGGGGUCCUCCAUGUGAACGAAGCCGCCUCUGCACCCUCGCUCUAUCAGGAAUGAUGCUGGGAACCUUCACCAUCAUCUUCCUGGGUGGCAUCAUCAGCCAAACCCUCGGGUGGCCUUUUGUCUUCUAUAUCUUUGGAGGCAUUGGCUGCGUCUACUGCCUUCUCUGGUUUGUUCUGGUGUAUGAUGACCCCGUCUCUCACCCAUGGAUAAGCGUCACAGAAAAGGAGUAUAUCGUAUCUUCCUUGCCCCAACAGCUCAGCCCUCGUAAGCAGCCUCUUCCGUUCAAGGCCAUGCUCACGUCUCUACCCCUGUAUGCCAUUUGUCUGUGCAGUUUCAGCCAUCAGUGGCUGGUCACCAUACUGAUUGUAUACAUGCCAACUUACAUCAGCUCGGUGUUCAACGUUAAUAUCAGAGACAAUGGGUUCCUGUCUGCCUUUCCUUUUAUCAUUUCCUGGGUCACUGGUAUCCUGGGAGGCCAACUGGCAGAUUUCCUCCUGACCAAGAAUUUUAGGAUCAUUACCGUGAGGAAAAUUGCCACAUUUCUUGGAAGUUUCCCCUCUUCAGUGCUCCUCGUGGCUCUGUCCUACCUCACCCCUGACUACAUCACCACAAUGACCCUUCUCAUAGUCUCAUGUGGGUUAACCCCCUUCUGUCAGUCAGGGAUCUAUAUCAACGCCUUAGACAUUGCUCCGAGGCAUUCCAGUUUUCUCAUGGGAACCUCAAGGGAAUUCGGAUACACAGCAGCUAUCCUGGCACCCACCAUCAGCGGGUUUCUCCUCAGUCAGGAUCCCGAAUUCGGAUGGAGAAAUGUCUUUCUGUUGUUGUUUGCCAUUAACCUAUCAGGAUUGAUCUUCUACCUUAUAUUUGGAGAUGCAGUUGUCCAAGACUGGGCUAAGGACAGGAAACUCACUCGUUUAUGAAGUUAUCUCACCUCGGUAGGAUGGAAAGUCACUGGGCACCUCUCUUCACAAAGGAGAAGCCUUUGGUGAUGAGAAGACCAGGGGAGAGAACCUUGUUUGCUGCCAUUCUUUUCACAUCUGAGAUCGGUUCUUUAUGUUGCUAAGAUUUCCUCCAGGUGAAAAUACCCAAUGAAUGAAAAUUCAAAUAAAGUGAUAGCCA